CUUAUAUAAAUAAAAUAGGAAAUAAAAAAUGGUUUUCUCAAUUUUGAUGACAAAAUGGCGACGGGAAAUCAGGGCUUAAAAGAUGUAGUUAUGGCGUUAAAAUGGGUUAAAAGAAAUAUAUUGCAAUUCGGUGGAGAUCCCGAUAACGUCACAAUUUUUGGUCAAGAUGCGGGUGGAGUAAUGGUUCACUAUUUGACUAUUUCACCGUUAGCUGAAGGUUUAUUUCAUAAGGCAAUAUGUCAAAGUGGCGUCAUAACGGUUCCUUGGGCUUUCACUGAACUUGACAGUGCUAUCCAUAACGGUCUGAUGUUAGCCCAGAAACUUGGUAAUGCGACUUCAAAUCCGAAAGAAGCCCUGAAAUUUCUGAAAGACAUAGACGGAAGAAUAUUGAUAGCAGCAGAGAAUGACUUAGAUAUUUUUCCCGCAUUUACGCCGACCGUGGAUUACGAGUCAAUGAAUUCUUUUUUAUCAGAAAAUCCGUUGCAAUUAUUACGUAAUGGUAUUAAAAUACCAAUCAUAUUUGGAUAUAAUAGCCAAGAAGGCAAUAUUUUCAUAAGUGAUAUUGUCGGUGGGGUAAACAACGAGACUUUAAACAAAUUUAAUUCUGAUUUCAAGAAAGCCAUAUAUCCGAGAGUUUUACGUCAAUUACCGCAACUAGGGAUCACGGUACCGGAAUUACGAUCAUUGUAUUUUGGCAACAAAGCAGUGUCAGAAGAAACUAUAAUAGCUCUUUCUGAUUUUAUCGGCGAUCAAUAUAUCUAUAGAGGCAUUCUACAAGCAAUUGAUAUUCAAAUGAAUUCUAAUGUUAACCAGUCGACCUACUUGUACGAAUUUUCGUACGAAAGUGAAACCUCUCCUGUGAAGAAAAUGUUUUUUGAAAAGCCACUUUCAGGUACAUCUCACUUCGAGGAGUUGGGUUAUUUAUUUUGUCCUCUUAUGGGACAAUUUAUCGAUUUGUUACCAAUUGCACAUAAUACGUCGGAUUAUAAAAUAAUGGAAUACUUAACGCAGAUGUGGACAGAUUUUGCUAAAACGGGAAAUCCAACACCUCCUUCAGCUAAUUUUACCUGGGUUCCAGUAAAAAAUAAAACUACGUAUGAUUAUUUAAAUAUUGAGAAUGAACCUCAAAUGAAAAGUUUUGUUAAUGGACACCAACGAUGGGAUUGGAAGAACAAACUUGAAUUAUUUAACAAACUGGGACAACUUUUUGGUACAGAACAAAAUAUUCACACAGACUUAUAGUAUGAGAUAAAAUAUGAAGAAUUCUAACUAAAAUUAAAUAGCUUUAAAAAAAACUUGCAAAAACCUGACAAACAAACAAGACUGACAAUGGGAAACAAUGUGAUGUAUCAAUAUGAUGACCUAAGCGAAAUCCUUUUCUCAAUUUGGAAUCCUCUUUUUUUUAAGACGCAUUAUCUGUUUAUUAGAUAUAAAUUUGUACACACACA